AUGCUCGGCGCAACCUGGGAGUUGGCGUCUUUCUUUCUCACCGCUGCUGCAUGCUCGGCCAAAUAUGGCGAAUAUGAUGAUGAUGACGGCGACCACGAAAAUGAUCACGAUGAUGGUGACGACGACUACGACAAUUAUUAUGAUAAUGAGGAUGACAAUGAUGAUGAUGAGAGUGAUGAUUAUGAUGAGGAUGGUUGUGAUGAUGAUGAUAAUGAUGAUGAUGACGAUGAUGACAGUGACGAU